AUGCACAAAAGUAACAAGAAGCAGCAGAAGCAGCAGCUGAAGAUGGCGCAGAAGAAUAAACAAGUGCAGCACGAGAUGAGCAAUGAUGUGAGUGCGAAUCAGUUGUCGUUCAUUAAUGACAAUGUAUCUCAUUUGUCUGUGAAGGUACCAAAAAGUUUCCAACUAAACAAAUGUACAAAAUGUUUCAAUAAGCAUUUCAUUAGUUGACAACUUUUUGAUAUCUCCACCCGCAGCUGAGAUACAUAAUCUUGAAUCAACAGUAGUUGGCAGCUAGGGUGGACAGCAUAGUACCGUUUAUUCAAGACGUUGUAUCUCAGCUACCGCUAAAGAUAUCAAAAAGUAGUCAACUAAUGAAAUAAUCAUUAAGAAAUUAUGUACAUUUUAUUAGUUGACAACUUUUUGUUAUCUCUAAUAGCAGCUGAAAUACAUAGUUUUGAAUAGACGUGGUUUUCUGAGUAGGGAUGAUCCUGUGAAGAACGGCCAACUCUGCUUAAAUGAGAAGUACUAGAGUUCUGAGAAUCGUGCUCACUUUCUAAAUCAGACGGAUAGUACUGUGGCAUAGUUACUUGGUCCCCAAGUGUGCGGAAGAGGUCGAUUCCAGUGCAACUCCAGCAGUUUGUCUAAUGCAUUCUUGCAUCCUUGUUUCACGACACGCCACUCGAUUCAAGAUAUAUUAAAUGUCUUCCGAAAGUGACAGCAGCAGGGACUCUUCACCGGAGAGACUACUCUGUUUUUUUUGUUGUUGUUUCACUAGCCCACUUUUUACCACCAGAGUAUGGAUAAUGUUUGAGCUGUCUGACCUACUCGAAUGGUUUUUAUACCACAUUCCAUUUGUAAGAAAGGUACGGUAGUUCUUUUCGAAAAUCUUUGUGAAAACUGAAGUUUGGUUUGUACACUUAUACCAGGUACAGAUUAGCGCAAGCUGGGAUUAUGCAAAACAGCGAGUCGCAAUCAAAUUCAAACUUCAACUUUUUUUUUUGCAGGUAUGUCCCCUUCCACUUCCGCCACGUGGAGCCCCGCCCCCGGCAGUGUAUCACGCGAGCCGAAUGGCGGCCGCCACGUCAUCCGCCAGCGGCUCUUUCGAAAAGAUUGCGACGCCCGGCAACGCGCGCAAGCUGCACGUCGUCAUUGUGAUCGAUCAGAAGGUGCAGAAGAAUCUGAGGGUACGCGAGAUGGCGCUGAAGGAUGUGCAGAAGGUGGCCGACACGUUGAACGUCAAUCUGACGGUAGGGAUCGUGGUGCGACAAUAGAUCGCCGCAUCGUGCAAGUUUUCAGCGAAUCGACUUUGACAAGUUGGACUUUGGCGAGACGGAAACGCUCGAUCUGUUCUACAACGCCGACGUGGCACUCGUGGACGUGACGGUGACCCAUCAGCAGCCGAGUCUCUGCUACCACAUUGGCGUGCGCGAAAGCAUGGGCCAAUCCUACAACAUGAUCCUCUCCUACCAGGCGCCCGACCUCGAGUACCACAUUAUCGACGCGCUGAAGAAGACGCACGCGCACCUUCCGAUGAUCGUCUACCGCACGAUUCCCGACUCGAACGUGCUGUGCAUUCUCGAGAAGACCGCUUCGGAGGACGACGCGAAGCCGCCGUUCGCGCGCUCGAACGGAGGCGGCAACCGGAUCAGCUUCCAGCAUCGGAUGAAGCAAGUGCUGAAGAGUGUGCAGGUGGAGGCGUCGGCGCACUCUCGCGAGAAGUUCAUGUCGGAUUUGCGGAAGGCGCGCGAGAUCACCGACGGCGAUCAGAAGAACGAUUAUCUGGACAAGAUGCGGACACGGCUCGACAACCCGGACGUGCUGCACCCGGAUACCGUAUCUUUGAUGAUGCUCUCGUACAGAGACAAUCAGAACUACGGGGGAAUGAUUCGGUUGGUGGACGAUCUGAAGAGGAUUCCGGAUUGUUUGAAGGUCGUCGACACGCCCGUCAUUCGGUACCAGUAUGCGUUUGCUCUGAAUCGGUAGGUCUUUAAGGGUUAGCCGAACAAACUUGGAUUGGUCUCACUAUUUACAGACGGAACAAAAACGGAGAUCGUGAUUUGGCGCUGAAUACGGUGCUGAGUUUGGUGGAGGGAACGACGGAGAACGAGGAGAAGAAUGGGCCACUCAGUCCGGACGUUGUUUGUCUCGCAGGUUUGUAUCUCUGGAGCCGAUGGUUAUUUUGAAAUGUUGUCAACUGGAAAAGUGUUCCAAAUAUUAUGCGGAACAACUUUGCAAUUGACCAUUUCAUUCGAAAAUUGAUCAUUCUCAAGUUACACGCCCGUUUCAGGCCGAAUCUACAAAGACAAGUUCAUUGCGAGCAACUACGAGGACCGUGAAUCCCUGAACUCGGCCAUUGAAUGGUAUCGCAAAGCCUUUGAAAUGUCGCCUCUCGAAUAUUCUGGCAUCAAUCUGACGACUCUUUUGCGCGCGAGCGGAGAGCACUUUGAGAACAACGCCGAGAUGCAGCAGAUCGCCGUCGUGCUCAAUUCGUUGCUCGGCCGCAAAGGCGCUCUUCAGAAUCUGACCGAGUACUGGGACGUGGCCACCUACUUUGAGGUUUCCGUGCUGGCCGAGAACUAUCAGAAGGCGUGCGAGGCGGCGUUGAUGAUGGUCAAGUUGAAGCCGCCCGUGUGGUAUUUGAAGUCGACGAUGGAGAACAUCAAGCUGAUCAAUCGGUGCGCGGCGACGAUCAGUCCGAUCGAGAAGGAGAAGCAGCAGUUUCUGUUCUGGAGCGAGUUCUUCAUGGAGGCCACCGAGGCCGAUACGGACAUCAACUGUCCGCGCUACCCGGUGCUCAUUCUCGAGCUGAACAAAGAGUUCACACCCUCCUAUCUGACGUUGAACAACGAGGAGGGCACUGUCAUUUUGAGCCAUGUCCUCGAGAAUAGUCAACAGAAGAAGAUCCAUCAGUCGGAGCUGAAGGGCAUCCAUCGGUGGCACUUUGCGAGGAAUAACAUCAAGGCGGUGACCGAGUCGAAGCGCGACGAUCGGCAGCUCUUUCUGUACGUUCACGAGAACUCGGACGACUUCAAUUUGCUCUUUCCGACCAAGGCGCAUUGUAAAAAGUGAGAAAAGCAGUGUGCGACGCCUAGUAAUCGCAAUUUUCAGAGCGUUCGAUGACAUGAAGUCGAUGGCGGACGUGGCGGACGGGAACUAUCAGGGAAAGGUGCUGAGCAACUCGGACAACGAGAAGAUCCGCUUCGAGUAUGAGCUGAGCAACUCGAACGAUCGAGUUGUGCUCGGAAAGGGAACCUACGGAACCGUGUACUCUGCCCGGGACAUGGACACCCAGCGGCAGAUUGUCGUGAAGGAGAUCGAGGUGAAGUACGACGAGGAAGUGCAGCCGUUGAUGGAGGAGAUCAGUCUGCACUCGACGCUCAGCCACCAGAACAUUGUGCAGUAUCUGGGAUGCGAUUUGGUCGGCAAAGAGGGCGCCAACGAUCAUUUCCUCAUCUUCAUGGAACAUGUGCCCGGCGGCUCUCUGAGCUCUCUGCUCCGAUCGAAAUGGGGACCGCUGAAUGAGCCGGCGAUGGUGUUGUACGGCAAGCAGAUUCUGGAGGGACUCAAGUACCUGCACGAGCAGAAGAUUGUGCACCGAGACAUCAAAGGAGACAACGUGCUCGUGAACACCUACUCGGGCGUCUGCAAGAUUUCCGAUUUCGGAACGUGUAAGCGGCUCGCCGGGCUGAAUCCGGUGACGGAGACGUUCACCGGAACCCUCCAGUACAUGGCUCCCGAAGUGAUCGACCACGGACAGCGAGGGUACGGAGCACCCGCCGACAUCUGGUCUUCGGGUGCACGAUGGUCGAGAUGGCCACGGGAAGACCGCCGUUUGUGGAGAUGCAGAACCCGCAGGCGGCCAUGUUCCGCGUCGGAAUGUUAAAACGCAUCCGCCGAUUCCGACGGAGAUCACCGACAAGUGCAGGAGCUUCAUCAAGAGCUGUUUUCUGCCGGAGGCUAACGACCGACCGUCGGCCAAGGAUUUGCUGCAGGAUCCGUUCAUUCAGCAGUUCCACCACUCGUGAGUUGGCCUUCUUUCUUUAUUUUCCACAACAGUUACCAAGAGAUAUCGAAAAGUUGCCAACUGAUAAAAUGUACAACAUUUUUUAGAAAGCAUUUCAUUAGUUGAACACUUUUUGAUAUCUUAACAGACAGUCAUCUUGAAUCAACAGUAGAAAAUCUCAGUACGGUUGCUUCCAGAAGCUGUAUCUCAUCUGUCUGUUAAUAUAUCAAAAAGCUGUCAACUUAUAAAAUGCUCUCUAAGAAAAGAUGUACAUUUUAUCAAUUGAAAACUUUUUAAUAUCUCCAAUGGCAGCUAAAAUACAUCGUCUUGAAUAGACGGUAAGCUAUCGUGCUCUACUGCUAAGAGAUCCCAAUUCCUUUCUUUCCUCUCUUAUUCCUCUCUCAAUUCCAGUAUUUCAAGAACCCGCAGCGGAUCGAUCAACAAAAAGCCGGCAACAAAAAUUGAAAAAGUGGAGCGAGAGAAGAAGGAGAAGACGAAGAAUCAGAGGGAGAUGCUGCGUUCGACGUCGCACAUCGGAGGCAUGGGCGUGAUCGAGAGGUCCCCGCCGACGCCGGAGCCCACGUCGGCCACUUUGACCGCCGGAUUCUCGCACGCGCACAGCCAGACGGUCUCGAACGCGUUGUCGACGGCCCGGGAGGAGAAGAAGCUGCAUCUGAAGAUCGACCACGCACGGAAUCGGACGUUCAGCUCGUCGAGUCCGGUCCCGGAUGGACAGUCUUCUGCGGGAACGAACAUCUCUCAUCCGGGCUUCCAUCUGAGCCAGCCGUCGAGUCCGAUCGUCGACGACAUUUCGCAACCGCACCUCAUCGUUUCGCCCAUCUCGCUGGCCACUCUGGGCUCGCCGCUCAGCUCGGCCGCCCUUUUGAAUCGAACAAUAUCCGACGAGAGCGCGAACAGUUCAAGUCGGUUCUUUAUGCUCCAAAAGGACUCGGAGAGACGGCGAUCGUUGGGACAGUUCAUGCAGGACUACAAGGAUCAAAUUCUGGACGCUUGGAGCACGCUACUCAUCAAACAAAGCGACACGGAGCUCGUGGUGACUGUGCACAUGCUCGAGAUGCUUUUGGACGGAAUGCGCGACUUUUUGCUGAAGAAGGACACUGUGCACAUUCAGAAGGUGAUCGACGACAUCCGAGGCCUUUUGGACUACGAUUCGGCGAAGAUCGCACAGAUCAACCUGGCCCUGUACCACUUUUCCGACACGAUCCAGCCGGUACUCCGUCGGCUCGACAUCAAGCCGCACUGGAUGUUCGCCCUCUCCAACCUGAUCAACUCGGCUGUCCAGUGUGCUCUCUCGAUCCUCAGCCCCGAUCUCUCCCUUCUCCUCCACGCCCAGGACAACCUUCCCUCCACUUCUUCGAUCGCCGCCAUUCGCAAUUCCUCGCUUUCCGAGGGCGAAGUGCUCGUGGAUAGUCGGCCGCCUAGCCGUGAGGAGCGGGUGCGCGAGGAGCGGAGGGAACUGCGGACGCUUCAGGAGGAGAACGAGGCGCUCAUCGAGCGGCUUCUGCAGGUGGAGCGGGAACUGAACGCGCAGCUCAAGUCAGGGCUCACUCGGGCCAACCGCUUCCGCGACUUUGCCAUGUACCGUAACACGUACCCUCCGUUCCGCGCCCCGCCCGUCCACGCUCCGCCCACGCCUCCGUUCAGUGCGUCGUGCGGAGCCCAGCCGUCCGGCUCGUUUCAAGGCGCCAACAAUGCGCCGCCGAGCUUUGCGAGUGCCAAAUCGACGGCGCAGAAGAUCAUAAUGCCGCCGGGAGUGGAGAAUAACUACCAGGUGACGAGGACGCAGGAGGAGCUCGUCGCGUGGCUCCGAGGCCUGGACAUUGACGAGCGAUCGAUUGCGUUGAUCGCUUCCGAGGCCUAUUCCAAGAACGAUCUCAUCGAUUUUGUCACCCGGGACGAGCUGCUCAGCAUCGGUGUCGGGUGAGUUCAACAAAAAAGUACUUGAAACGCGUAGAAAUUCGUGGAACCUUGAACUUUUUGAUGAAUUUGAUGAACGUGCAUUUCAAAUAAUUCGCAUUUUGCAGGGCGGCUCGUCGUGCCGGAUAAUGCGGGCGAUCGGAGAAGUACGCGAACGUCAACGCCGUCAGCCGGUGUUUCUGUCUCCGAUGCGAAGUCGCGACGAUUCCCUCGACGACUACCAUUCGAGCAGUGCGGACGACAUGUUCACGGUGGCCGAGGCCUCCUCCUGA